UAUGAGUCGCGGUCAGAAAAUUAUCGCCACUUUUGUACGAUAUUGUCGGCGAACGAGAGUACCGAUUAUCUAUGAUCGGCGAGAAAAUUUUCAGACAAAUGUUCACCGUCAAUUAUAUGAGAGAAUAUCAAGCUCUGAGCUGCACAGUUGCGUCGCAGCUUGCAAGAUGCAUGCAAUCGAGAAGCCUUAUUACAAGAUAAAUCGAAUCGUCCUCAUGUCACUCGGUCUAUGGCCGUAUCAGCAAUCGUAUCUAGUGCGAGUACAGAAUGUACUGUUUAUUGUUAUUCUCACAUCAUAUAUCAUAGUGCAGUUGUUGGUGUUGGUUACAACACAAUACGACUCGAACUUACUCCUCAGAGUUCUCUCGCUCACUUUUCCCAAUAUCUUCGUCACGAUCAAGUAUUGUCUCUAUGUCGUUCAGGCAAAUAGUGUGAAACAAUUGCUGGAUAAGAUCCACGAUGACUGGAACUCGUUGAGAAAUAAAGUGGAAAUUAAAAUCAUAAAAAAAUAUGCUCGUUACGGGAGGUUUUUCACGAUGAUAACGAUGUUGCUUUGCUAUUUGGGCAUAAUUGUUUGCGCGGUAUUUCAAUUUUUACCGAUAAUUCUGGAUAUCGUGUCACCGCUUAACGAAUCGAGACCACGUCAACUUGUCACAGACACGGAAUACUUUGUCAACCAGGACAAAUAUUUCUACACUCUUGUAAUGCACGAGGUUGUAACCGGCAGCAUAGGGGCGAUCGCGAUGUGCAUCACUGUUACGACGCUUAUGAUGUACAUCCAUCAUGCGUGUGCGCUUUUCAAAAUAACCAGCUACCGUAUAGAAAACGCGAUAGAGAAGAAUAUGUUGAUGAUUCCUGGUCCUACAAGAGAUUAUGUCUUCCAUCAGAGGAUCGUGCACGCGGUCAUUAUUCAUCAGAGAGCCACAGAGUUCAUCAGGUAUUUAACGUCCGACAUUAUGACGUCGUACGUAGUUUUGAUCAUAAUCGGCGUUGGCUCACUGAGCCUCAACCUUUUUCAACUCCUUCAACUGGUAACAUUAACGGAUAACAUCAGCGAGAUGUUCAUAUUUGCCAUAUUGGUAAUUGGGCACUUGGGCUACAUGUUUAUCGUUAAUUACGGGGGCCAGAAAGUAAUGGAACAUGGGGCAGACCUAUUCAAAAGCAUCUACAGUGUACCAUGGUACGCAGCACCGUUGCGAACGCAGAAAUUACUCUUGUUCAUAAUGCAAAAAGGAACGAGAAACGUCAGUUUAACAUGCGGCGGCAUAUUCAUCACGUCCCUAGAAUGUUUCGCUUCGAUGAUAAGUACAGCUGUAUCUUACUUCAUGGUGAUAUAUUCUACGCGAUAAUAACGACGAGGAAGGAAGGAAUUAUCAUCAAUCUCGAUCUUUCUUUCGACUCGCUCUUCGACAACUCUCAUUCGUUCCAAAACUGUUAAAUAUAGCGUAUUAAAUAAAAACAUAUAUUUAUUUCUGAGACAUUCUGUGCACCAUAUCCAUAUGCAAUCGUCGAAAGAAGCAGCGAACAUCCUGAUCAAUUGGAGCAACGAUUACAUUACCAAGUGAUGGUCGUUGCGCAAGACGUGCGUCUCAGAGGAAUGAAUAUGAGAAGGACAUGGCGAAAUGUUAAAAACCCAACGAAGUUAAAACAACAUUCAUCGUUCAUCGUUCCGUGGAUAUAUGUUCGCAUAUCGCAGCGCUCGAUGGCUGAGAAAAGAUUAAUGUGUCGUUCAACUCGAUAUAUUGGAUUGUUCAAAAAAUCAUUGUGUUUCUUCCGGUCAUUUUCAAAACCGUUUAUUUUAUACAAAG